CCCUUUUAAAAUCUCAAGGUUAAAGUGGAAUUUACGUUAAAGUUGUUGAUCCUAUGAACGCAGCUCUAAGCGAAGAUUUGAUUGAUGAGACAGAAUAUGAACAAAUUCCAGCAAUAUAUACUUCAGAAGAUGAACAUAUGCAAUCACCAACCGAUCAGACAAAUAAUACUACAUGUAAGUAAUAUUUUUUUGCUGUACACUAUACUGUGUAUGCCUAAAAUUUACAGCUCAUUCAUCUGUCCAGCCGGAGAAUGUUGAUUUAAAGACGACUACUACUGAAGAACAACAACAACAACCUUUGAAGACUAUUGAUGAUGAGAAGAACAAUGACAACAGUAAGAUGAUAAAACGGAUUCAUCACACACUGUAUCGAUUCCAGCAAAAAAACGUAAAUUACCAAGUAGUUCCCUCAGGUGGUCUAGUCUCCUAUGCCAUUGACGACGAUGAAGAUGAGAAUACUGUGUUAGACACCGAUGAUGAUGAUGAUGCCAGUGAUGACGAUGGUGAGAAUACUGACUCAGACAAUGAAAACACUCAUAGUAAUCAUGCCUCACAAAGUAACCGUGAGUUCCACCACCAUCCCGGUGUUAUAGAUCCUUCAAUAAUAGAUCAACCACCGACUAUUUUCAGCUCUGAUCAACCAGUUAUUAAUAUUUACUCUCAGAAUCAAAUUCACCCCACAGAAUUAUCCACAGUCAAUGAUGCGAAAACUUCAAAUCCUCUUAGCAAUGAAGCAAUGAAACCGGAGAGUCUGACAGAACGUCUUAUUCGUGAAAUUCAACUACCGCCUGAACCUACUGGACAUUGUUCUAUGGUGUUACAAGAAAGAGUUGAACGUGCUGUACGACGUAUGCGAUUGGAUAUUAGUUAUGAUCCUAAUAGAGCUAUUCAAGAUAAUAAAGCAUUCCGUAAUCCAAGCAUUUAUGAAAAGUUGAUAGAUUUUUUGAAAAUUGAUGAGAAAGGCAGCAAUUUUCCUAAAGAAAUCUAUGAUCCUUAUCGUUGGGGUCCUCAAUCCUACUAUGAAGAACUUGCAAAAGUACAGAAUCGUGAAAUUGACAGACUGAUGAAAUUACAAAAAGAACAGAAAAAGACAGAGGCCAAUACAUCGACGACAACAGCGACGACAGCAGCAACAACAAACACUAAUGCCGGUGGUACUACAAGUACUAGUACAAUGAAAAGCACAAACAUUCCCAAUCCCAUAGCAGCAGAGAAGACAAAUCCAACUACUGGAGGAUCUGUAUAUACAGGAUACAUUGAACCGAAAAGACCGAGUAAAUGGGAUAUUGGUAUGCCUAUCAAUCUACAAUCGCAUGAGACUACUAGUACCACUACUACUACAGCUACUACUACUACUACUACAAUUACAACUACAGAACCCGUCAAACAGCAGUCGCAGCAACAACAACAACCACCACCACCGCCAUCAGUACUUCCUGUUGGCAGUUUAAUUAAACGAAACUGCUGAUGUCUGCAGCAUUGCAUAGGGCAAUUUUCUAACUAACUAACUACCGUUAAAACAGCUGC